AGUGUGGAGGCUUUGCUCUCUGCGGCUCCUCGGCACAAGGCAGCGAUGUGGAGGCUGAAAUGUGAGAUGCAACUCAGAGGGGCUCGUUUGUAGAGGUAAAGUUAUGGCACGGUCAUCCUCGGAGAAAAACGUCCCGCAGCAGUUUCUCUCCUCUAGAAGGUCCCUCUCCGGUGACGCGCACGCCUUCCUGGGACGCACUAACCAGGAGCGACAAAACCGACAAUUACGCGUCAGAUUCAAUUAGCUGACCUGAAGAACAGGAAAAGACUGAGGGAGUUUCAGGUACGGGAUUUUGGCUGAUAAUUUAAAUCAAGACGUCUGUCGUUCUUUAAAAUAAUCACGGCUAGAAAUUCAUAUGUGAGUUAACUUAAGUCAGUUAUACAUUUAUUUUUUUUAUUUUUAUUUUUGAAUAUUUUCACCAGAACAAACUUUCCCACAGUGCAUGUUCCUCCCCCACUACUUUCAAUCCAAAAGUUAUUCGGAUUUGUAAACUUUUUUCCCUCACAUUUAGUCACUGCAGGUUUCUGCGUCUUUUUCUUAGAUGACACUCAGACAACAUCUCCUUGAAAUUCCCCCUCAGUGUUCCUGGAUUUGAACGACACUUUUCUUCUCUCCCGGCAGCAGAGUGGGGCUGAGCUGAGAGGGGGGACACGAUGCAACAGGCCUGUGAAGGGCAGAUAACAAGCUCACGGCCCUCCACGGUAAGACCUCCCUGUUUUCAGUAAUACGGUUUUGUGUAAGCCAAAAGCUCUCAGCUGAACACUCUGUGUUUACUACAUAAUCUCACAGUUUCUCAGCUCUGGUGCUCUUGGCUUGAUUCCGAACUCAGUGCUGUGGUCAGAGAGGGUGGCUCCAGGUUUUGGAUUUGGAUUUCAGUAAAGUGAGCAAGUAGAGAUAAAUACAUGGAAAAGAGAAAUAAAAAAUAACAAAUAAUUAUUUGGUUGAAAAAAAGUUGUUUGAGUAACAUUGGAUUCAUUAUUUUAUAAGUAUUACAAAUCCACAUAGAGAAAUCUAAAUUCUUUAAUUCUUAGAAAUAUUAGACAAACUUUCAACACAUAAUCUACACAAAGGCAGGUUAUCUGCAGUGCUGGAGCAUGAUCCAAACCUCUGUAGGUAGACUUUUUGAGCCUUUUAACUCCACUAUGCUGUACAGAAUUGUUCAGUAAGGAUUAAAACAUGCACUUGCUCACCUCUGCUGAUCAGCAAGAGAGACUCUGCAGGACUUUUCAUCUCAGACUGCGGGUUACUACAAAUGCUUACAGCCUUUCUUUGAGGACAAUAAACACUGCAGAGGGAGAUGUAUCAUUUAACAGGAUGUUGCUCGUACAGUGGAUACAUUAUGUGUACUGUAACAGUGAUAUCAGCAGAUAUGCUGCAGUAAAGAUAUUGUAAACCCAUAAGUUUAAGAGAUUUUACUCAAACAGAAGAGGGUUUUUGCAGUGUUGGGUGAAAUUUGCAACUUUUUUGGAGACAAGAUCCUCAUUUGACCCAGUUUUUGCUUCUCUAACCAUAAAGCUGAUGUUUUUGUCUUAGCUGUAAGCCCACUUAAAGAAUAAAACUGUGUCAAAUUGGGAGUUAUAGGCUCUUUUCAAGUGGCAGUUAUCCACCUAAAGACACGUCUGGCUGUUUGAAAAAUUUUGUUUGCAGAGGUUGUCUGUCAGGCUGCACUCAAGACUUUAAAAGAAUGCACUUUAACAGGCUGAAGCUGCUGACCCUUUAAACCUGUAGAAGCAGUUGGGUGUGUGUCUUUGAGCACAGCUGUGGAAGACCGGGUGGGGGUGGGGGGUAUCCUGCUCUCUGCAGGUGUGGGCACUCUCCUCUGCAGUGGGGAUGUGCUGAGUGCACACAAGCCAGCAGCAGGCAGACAUCUGGCCAACUUUGUUUGUGGAGGGAGAGCUGAAUGAAACAUUCCUCUCAGUGCCACACGUGUGUGGGCUCAGACUGCUGACUCAAGCACAUAUUUUGCAUCCCGGUCUGAGCUCAGGUGUAUGGAAAACCAAAUUUUGCCACUUGAGGGUGAUUACCUUUAAAGACUUCGUAAAUGAUUUUGGGCAAGGCGGCACCAGGAAACUCAAAAUGACUGUUUCCUCCACCGUUUCAUUAGAAAUGCCUCCAAAAGUAUUCAUUAAAGUUCAUACAAGCUUCUAAAAAAUGUGGAGUGUCCGCUUUGGUGGCCUCUUUAUCUAUUUCUAUUCCUACCAACAGGUCACAACCCUUGAAAUAUUUCCUUUAAGAACUGUCCAUCAAGUUUGUUGUUGUUGUUUGAAAAGUGCUGCACAUGUUUGCACUUACAGGUGUGGUUAUGCGCCUGCCUCCAUUCUGAACCUUUGUUAUCUCUCAUGUUUUUGUUUCAUUCAUGUCUUUACUGAUAAUUGUCCUCUUCUUGUCUCAGGUGUAAAGCAGAUACUGACACAGCCGAGUUACCAGUGCCCUCCAAUCAGCUUGAGGAUGACAUUCAGAGAAUAGGACCACCUGAGUUUAUUCCUCAACUCCAGAGCCGUGGGGCAAACUACCAAAGCAGCAGAGAAGGUAACUCUAUAUAUUUGUUCUCUCAGAAUAGUAGAAGAUCUGUAGUUGAUGCUGUUACUGCCCGUUUAGUUUUGGAGUCCAGGAGUCACGCUUGAAUCUAGUUUUCAGGGUUUGUGACUCAAUAUGGACUCAAGCACUGACUGCAUUUGGAUUCAGAGGAUGGAGAGGAGGACCCAGACUUUAUUAUUUAUGUAAAGAGACUGUUGUUAUCUGUUCACUGAUAUUUACUGAGUUUUGAGCGCUGGGAUCACCUUCACCUGCUUUCACAAGCUGUCUCGUCCAGCAACAGUUCAUUCAGGGUACCCAAACAGGUGCCUCAGGUAACCUUACAAUGGUUUCCUGUUGGGUAAAUAUUUUUUCACAUUUCCUAGACAGAAACCACACAGAGAAAAAGAAACACUCAAUAUGAUUGAUGUUGUUUUUUUAGCCUGACACAGAUUCCAUUGAGUAGCCAGCUCAGUCAUUACUGUCCUGACAGUGACACUUGCUGAGCUUGUUUGGUCUGUUAACAUGCCGUCAACUGUCUGUACUGAACAAGAGACUUAAGCACCUUGACUUAAGUGUUGAGCUUUCGCCGUUACACUUUGAUUGAAAUUCCACCUCUCUGUUGUCCUGCUGUCUCCUCUGCAUGUUGAGCAGUCAUCCUGUUUCUGUACAGAGGUCUAAACAUUGGCAGGGCGCCUCUUAAUGGUCUGACCCAGACAUCUAAAGCCAUGAAUGAUAUUUAGCUGAACUUUUUAAAACUUUGUGGCUUUUGUUCUCAGGAUAUUUUACCAGAGAUUCAUCACUUUGUGGCCCCAGUCCUUCACAACAUGAUUUUUAGCACUUUGUUUCUCACACGUAAAGAUAUAUUAUGAGAAAGUGUUUGAAUGUCGUUUGAUCAGCAGUAAUGGCAAACAAUUCUGGGAGCAAAAGUCUGCACCUUUGAGCUGCUUUGGACACUCAACCAACUAAAGUCAUGUUACUGAGAAGGAGCUUUAAGGCCAAUGAAGUUUGGAGAUUGCAUGACUCAAGAGAAACAUUGCCCGGAAAAAGUCAGGCCUCUGCAUGUUCACUCGUAUCAUAAUAAUUUCUAAAAGUAAAAUCAAACUAAAUCUGUAAUGUGUAUUUUCACUGAAAUAGCAGGGGUGUUUUUGUCCAAUUUAACCCUAUGAGUAAGUCUUCCUACCAUCCAUAGUGCUUCAGCAAAGCAGUUAUAUCAUAUUCACAGGGAAUAGCACCUUUGGGAGUUUUUAUUCACUUUCAAACAGACUGAAAGUAAUAUUGAUCUUGGUCCGGGAGGUCAGGCUCAAGUGAAUAAGUGUAUGUUCCUGAUUUGGCUUUUUCUCAUGUUUUCUCAACUGGACUUGAAUUUGACUGUAAAAAGAGUCAGGAUGAUAACUUUGUCAAGAAACACUAAGAACAGAAGUAAUUUAUAGUCAGUAAAAGCUGCUUUAUACACAGUGGGAAGCAAAAUCUACCCUAGCCAAAAGUUAAUCACAGGAGCUUUGAAAACUGAUGUUAAAAAAGUGUUUCGACAGCUAAAGCAAAAGCUGGAACUCAGAGGAUAAAAGAGUAAACAUCCAACAGUCAGGUCAAACUCAGAGUAGUCAAGAAAAUUCUGUAAAUGCAUCGCAAAAAUUCAAUGAGAAUAAAUGCAAAUAAAAGCAACAAUAGUGAUGAAACAGAGAUUUUUUUACCCCAGUGUAACAAUAAACUAAAGCAAGAGAAAUUAAUGUAGGAAUCUCAGCAAGAACAGACAGCUGGAGAGCCAUAAGAUGGAAACAACACUAUAGAGACAAUGAAAAAAGAUGCUGACAAGUAAGACUCAGAUUUUUGAUCUGAGUCUUACUUGUCAGCAUCUUUUAUUUUGGACCAUGAUCGCUUGCAUUGAAGGUGUUAAUGCCAAUAGCUAUAUUUUUUUUAAGAUGGUUUAGACCAAUAAGACAUAGUGAGAUGGUAAUUAGCUUUUGAGGUUUUUGGUAAGGAGAUUUUUUUUACCCCUAUGCCGAACAGAUUUUUCAUCUUUCCCCAUCUUUAGGUCACUUGUAACAGUGUCCUGCUGUACAGAUGUUAAAGUGUUAUCAAUGUUCUUAAUGGAUUUGCCACCCAAAAGCCUGUAAUCAUCUUUCCCAGAGUGCUUAACUUUUCCUGAAAUUCCCUUUUCAAUGUAUUCUUCAUACUUUUUCUAUGAAGUUGCUCUGUGGGGAUAAUUUAAAGUGACACUUAUGAAAUCACAAAGAUAUCUUUCUGCAGCUAAUUUCAGACCUCUGAUCAAAAGUCGGCAUGAACACAUUGAUAUUCAGUUAUGUCCCAACAAAUACAGUGAAGAGUAAAAAAAUAUGAAACAGAGAUGUAAACAAUUCAGGGUUUAAUUUUUUUAGAUAUAUUAGAUUGGACCCAAAAUAUAGAAGUUACAGCGAGAAACUCGUGGUGAAAACGUGCAACAGCUUGGUGUUAAAACCUCACUACAAAGCACUGAUCUCCAGUCCCUCCUCCUUCAAACCCUCAGACCCUCGACACAUUCACAAACAUGCACUCAAACACUCAACUUGUGAACAGCACAUGGGGGGAAAUACUUUCCUCGCAGUACACUGGCCCAAUUCAUUCCCCUUUUAAUCCGCUCUGUGUUCUCUGCCUCAUUUGGUCUCUGCUUCUUAUACAUGUCUAAGUCAGACUGAGGUAGUGAUGCAGGCUACAAAAGACUGGUGAUAAACACAGGUCGACCACGAUUUGCCCUUUAUUCUUCUAUAUGUGGAGAAAUGUGGCUUCAUUAGAAUCCCCAUAGAAACUGUAUUAAAAUCAACAUUAUAGGUUGUUCCUGGUUCAAGACUAGAAAGCCACUUUUAAUCACCAUAAAGAGGAAAGUGUAAGGAGUUAUGUGCCCAAAAUUUCAAGGCAAGGAUUUUAGUUUUUUUGUUGUUUAACUUGAGGAAAAUAUAAAGCAGAUGAUUUUUUUCCUCUGAAAAAACAAGCAAAUGUGAUCACUGUUAAAUUAGAGGGAGUCUCCUCCUUUAUAUGGGGUCUCCUAAGGAUGUCCUCGUAUGGGAUUAUUUUGAAACUCACACGUUUCCUGUUCAGGUGUCAAGUCAGUCUUUAUUACUUAACUUCUCACUCUCUUUAGAGGCAUGAGCAGGUCUCUGCUGACUCCCCUUACAGCAAGAACAAAGACCCAGCUUUCACUGAGCUGUUAUUGGACGGCUUAACUUCAUAAGUUACAUAUAUACUACAUGUACAUACACGCAUGUGGAAACACACAUGUACACAGGGACAUUAGGGAACACCGUACAUGAUAUUUAGUAACCUAUUCCUCCCCUUGUUGACUCCUUUGUUAGACUUACAUUUAACUGCAAGGCCUCACAGCAGGGUUGUUUAUACAUCUUCAAAUUCGACAAUGACAUUUACCUGUACUCAAGGGGGACUGAUAAGUACACAGGGAUCAAAAGUCAAGGACAUCACCUACAAUAGUUUUUGCCAUGAUUGAAGUAUUCAUACACUGAUGAUAUAACAAUUGCGUUUGAAGAACGCAUAAUCUAGAUUGUUUAUAUCUACAUUUGAGCGCUUCCAUCAUACUUCUGGCCUUUGUUGGUGUACCACACUGAUAGCUCAUUAUUAUUGUUAUGAAGGGAAACCAGCGGGAAGUGCGCCUGCUUGGACUCAUGUCCUUGUUCAUGUGCAGAAAAUACUCACCGAACAGAAAGAUUAUAAAGGUUUGUGCUUCUAGUGGUCAAUACUCUCGAGUACUUUUUCCUGAUCCAGGUUUGUGCCGAUGUUCUGUCAAGUUGUGCCCUUCAAACGAAAGAUGCCAUGAUUUUUUUUAUCAUCACAGACAAGUGUGAGUGUGCUGUAAGAAUGAGGCUGGCAUGUUUUGGUACAUCAUUAUAAAACUUGAAGUGUCUCUCAAUAGGCUAAUGUCCCUGAUCCUUUGAUGCCUCCAGUAUAUUUCAGAGUUUAGGGAGUGUGUCUUAGUCUAGAGAUUUCAGAAGAAAUGUGUCUUUAAGACUCAUGUCCUCUAUCAAAUAAUGAUCCCAGUGGUGACAGACUCCCCAGGAUUGUGGCUUUGCACAUCCUGACUGAAUACACCAUUCAGUACAACACAAACCAGUGCAACCAGUGCAGCCUUUGUGCAUGAACAAAGACUGAGAGCAGGGAAAGUUCUGCUCCGACUGUGUGAGAUGGAAGCAACAUUUAUUAGUUUCCAGUCUUUAAUCCGAAAAUAAUUUAAUCCCCUCUUUGUCAAAAACAUGAACUUGAGUAGAGUUGAGCAAGUCAGCGUUCACAAUUUCAACUCGUUCAAACUUCAGUUUCUCAAAGCAGGUUUACUCAAAUAUCUUGAUCAUUUUGCAAAUCAACUACCAAAGCUUUACAUGUGAGCUCAUGAGCCAGAUUCAAGAGUUUCUUGGUUUUGCUGAAAAAUGUGGCUUUAUUGCCUUGCCUCCUGGAACAGACCUUUAGGUUUUUGUCUGCUGCGAUCACCUGAGCAAACUGUCGUCCAGCAUGCAGCGGUCAGGCUUCACCACGCUGACAGGGAGUUCUCCCAUAGAUAUGAAUAAUUACCUGACUGUUAGUCCAGCUCAGAAGCUGUAAUAUAACCACAAAAUAUAACCAGUUAGCUGUACUCUAACUCUGCUGUUUCACAACUCAGUGACUUUCAAAGUUAAGACUAAGUCCCUAUCUCCUGUAAGUUCAGCCUUACAGGAUCAGCAUGAACCAAGAGUUUAUGAUGAAGAGUUGACAACAAACAUCGGCUUUAUUUUAAAAAGGUCAAACUAGUGUGAUUAACUGAGUUUUACAGAGUUGGUGAAAGAAAAUGUAGUUGUAGAAGUGUGGAUCAAAUAUUGUUUGUUACUUUUAAAUGUUGGACUUUCAUUAAACAUUUUUUUUAUGCGUCUCCUAUUGAAACCAAGGCAAACAUGAACCUGUUCAGGAAGGACGCCAUGACGUCAAAGAAGGAGAAGGAAAAAGAGAUCCAGUACGAGGACCCUCCUGAUGGAGGUUGGGGGUGGAUGGUGGUGCUGCAUUGUUUCCUGGUAUGUGCAUUUUAGAUGUUUCAAUACCAUUAUAUUUUUAACAAUAGAACAUUGGACCUAAUUGUUAAACACGGAUUUUUGGAAAAUGCUUCAAUUCCCAAUUUCUAUAAUUAAAGCAGAAACAUUGUGAUUACUCAUGUGAUCUAUGGUCUUUUCAAAAAAUAGUGCAGAUAGAUGUAUAGCAUCAAAUAAAACCUUAACCUGUCAGUGACUGAAAUGUCUACAUGUGUGUAUGUUACAUACACCAGACAGAAAAAAGAGCAUUCAAUAUGUCAACACUUCUAAUUCAUUUGAUCCCAAAAAUGGAUUAAUUUGAGUUUUUGUCCUCAUGUUUACACUUGUGUGUUUGGGUUUGUGUACAUGUGCAGGUCAAUGUCCUGGUGAUGGGAACAUUGAAGAGCUUUGGGAUUUUCUUUGUGGCUUUCCAAGAUGAGUUCGGAGGCUCGUCAGAGAGCAUCAGCUGGAUCGGCUCCAUCAUGUCGAGUCUGCGUCUUUCUGGAGGUUUGUCGUGAAAUGUAAACUCCAAAUUACGAUCACAAACUGCACCGUAGAUUAAAACUACAACUUAACUCUUUUACAAUUCAGACCAAUGAAUUUGUUAGAGUAAAGCUUUGUUGGCAACCCUGUUUCAAAGAAGUUUCAAUGGAGUACGAACGCAGGUUUACUCUUUUAAUUAUACGCACUGAUAUAUAUAGCACUUAAAGACUAGCGUAUCUUAUUGCCUGUUAAAACUCUACCCUGCAAAGCGCAAAAUUUGAGAAAACCAAAUCCAGCAACACAAAUGCCUCUUCUGGAUCCACACUCUUUGGAGGUGGACUAAGACUUAGUGCAAACUGUCAUGUGACCUGAUAAUUUAAAAUCCUGUAAAAAUCAUGGACCCAUAGUCACCAGACUGAAGAAGAAGAAAGGGACCGUCCAGCACGUUAUUAGUCAGCACCCAUGAUGGUACAGGGGUACAUCAGUGGAAAUGGCAUGGGUUUACCAUUACCAUUAACACUACAUGAUACAUACAAAUUAUGGAGACUACAGUUUUUCCAGCAAAGGCUUAUUUUAGCAAGACUUUGCAAUCCACUUUCUGCAUGUUUUAUGACAGCAUGGCUCCUUUGUAAAGGAGUCCAGCUCCCUUGUGAAAACAGCCUGUCUGCAGUCCUGACUUACUGCUCAGUAAGAAGAUUUUGCACAUUAUGAACAUAAAUUAUACAAACGGAGACCCCGUACUGUUCAGCAACUAAAAUCUUACAUCAAGCAAGAAUGGGAAGACAUCUCAAUUACAGAAUCACACGUCGAGUUUCCUCAGUUCUCAUGUGUCAUCAAGAGAAAAGGUGACGCAAUAGAAGUGUUACAACUUUUUGAAAAUGUGGUUGUGCCAUUUUAAGCUCAUUUCUCCAUGUAUGAUUAUGUUUAAAUGUUAAGUGUUAGAACAGAAAACAUCUUUUUGCUCCCUGCUCUAUGCCAUCUUUAGCACCUCUUGCAUCCGUGGCCUGUGCCAAAGUAGGAGCCAGGGUGACCUCCAUCGCAGGGGCAGUGCUGGUUAGUGGAGGAUUCCUCAUGAGUAUAUUCGCCAACAGUGUGGUGUUCCUUUACAUCAGCAUGGGAGUGAUAGUUGGUGAGCAAAAACCCAUGGUGAAUAAAAUACAGACACUGACAGAAAUAUGUGUUGAUAAUGAUCACUUCAAUUAUUCCCGUCAGGAAUGGGUUUUGCACUACUGUACCAAUCCUUCUCCGUGGUCACUGCGCUGUACUUCCGAAAGAGGCUGGCCACAGCGUAUGCAAUUGGACGAUCAGGGAUGGGCUUGACCUUUGCCCUCGCUCCAUUCACUCAGCUGCUCUUGGAUCAGUACGCAUGGCAAGGUAAUCAGGACAGAUCUGUCAGUGAGUAGGUAGUGUAAGACAUGGAUGCAUUUUUUGACUAACAGUUUAAACAGUUUAAAGUGAGAUUCUCCUUCACAGUAAAGGUUAACAUUUCAGACCCUCAACUUUCUUUGCCACUUGCAGGUGCAAUGCUGAUCCUUGGCGGUCUCAUGCUGAACCUGGUGGCUUCUGGGAUGCUCCUGCGGCCCAUUAAUGUGAAGCCCCCCAUCUCAAACCCUACCUCUUCUCCAAUCCAAAAGAGCCCAGCUGUCUCCAUCAAGAGCUCCUCUGAGAAAGACCAUACGAAGAGCUGCAUGAACGGCUCCUCUCAUUUAUCCAAUGGCAUCUCAAAAUCAGACUCCUUCCCCUCCCCGCCUCCUCUUCCUCACAAUGAGAGCCUGAAGAGCAAAUGCACUGAGGGACUCCAGGACCAGACUGUGAACCCUGAACUGACCAGACUGGUCCUAAAUGGUGUGAAUGGCCACUGUGACUUGGGUCAGUGUAAACCCACAAGUCCAGACAGUUCUGCAGAGCUGAAUGGGAGCAUGAAUGGAUCCACCAUUGUUGGAUUUCCCUCACAUGCCAGCACACCGACUGAGGUGCCGGUCCAAAAAGCCAAAGUACUGGAUUUCUCCCUGCUAAAGAACCCUUUCUUUUGCAUCUACACUUGGUCCUUGGUCUUCAGCCAGCUGGCCUACUUCAUCCCCUAUUUCCACCUGUCAGCCCGGGCCAGAACCCUGGGCAUAGAUGCCAUGGAUGCUUCCUUCAUUAUUUCAGUUGCAGGUGAGCACACAUUUGUUGAGAAUACCUUAAGCUGUUUUAUAAUGUAAGGACCAAAGUUGAUCAAAAUAUAAGGACCAGUAUCUCUAGCUUUGUAUAAAGACCAGAUGUAAUGGGAAAAGUAGUAACUGGACAAGUCCAAAGGUAAAAAAAUCCACUUAACAGCAACUAAAAGACAAAGAAAAGUUUUAGAUCAUCAUUUAAAAUAAAGAUAGACUCCCUUUGGAUCUGUGGGUGGUUGUUUUGUGGGUCUACUCGAAGUUCUUACUCCUGUCACUGGGUCAAAUUUACCAAAGCUUUGUAAAAACUCUUUAGAAACAGUAUGUCAGAAGAGUACUGAGAAGGUUGAAAUUACAAUAAACCAACAAAGACAACUGUCCAUAUAUACAUAUGCAGGUAUCAGACAACAGUCUUUAGACACAGAUGUGAUCAAUCAGGUGUUUUUUAGUCAUGAAUCUGGCAUCGUAUUUGGUCCAUAUCCAAGAAGAACCACUGUGAUGACAAGACAAGAAAAAUCUACACAAAGAAAAGGGUCUAAUAAAAAGAGACUACUUUAAUUUCAAUCAAAAGUUUGAGACAUAGCUAUAAUGUUCUUCAAAUUGGGUAUCAGAGUUCAAGGUCAGAAAAACUUUGCCCUGCAGAGUUACCCUAAAGUGGAGGAUCCCAAAGAACAAAACUCUGGGGACUGGAGCAUUGAUUUUGUGCAGUGGUUAAAUUUCAUCCCAUGAUUGGAGGCUGUAGGUCUUGAGUACAGUAGGCAGCCUGGGUUUGAUUCUGACCCUCGUUUGUUUUCCACAUGUUUUUCCCCUCUCUCGUCCUAGUUACCUGAUCUAUACACUGUCCAGUCUCUCAGUGAAGUAUGGCUAAAAAAUACAUUUCUUAGUAGUCUGAAUUUACAUAUUUAAAAAAAGGCUGUAAUUAAAGCACGCUUUCCUAAUUAUGUUAUUAAUAGAAAUGUAAUGCAACUAAAAGUUUCAUUUACAUUGAAAAUUUUAUAGCAGCUAUUAACUUUGGGGUAUUCGUUGAGUUUCUAGUCUUAUUACACUCAUUAUUGGCAGUGCUCAUCUGACAAGUUCACUGGGAUUGCUUGUAAUGGGUGUAAAUAUUUACCAGUUGGGGCACCAAUGGCUUAGUGGACUAAACUCUAUGAACAUCUCUUCAGCUGUCCUAUGUAAUAAAGGCAAAAAAGUCCAUAAAUAUAACUUUAAACUAUGUAUCUACCAAUGUGGUGAGUAAAGAAAUCUUUGGUAAGUAUCUUAAAACAAGGACUCAAACUUGUUCCUAGAAUCUUAUGAAGGCAGUUUUACCUGCUACAUACUGUAGGCAGAUGUUAUUUUCUACAUCACACGCAGUUUGAUCGUAAAAUAUUGAAAUUCAGUUUAUUUCAGGACUUAUCAGGUUAAUGUGGUUAAUAUUAGAUUUAACAGGAUGUUUUCACCUUGCUGAGAUUUUCGUUUUUUCUGUGUUUGAAGAGAAUAUUUUCAAAAUUAAAGGUUUAUAUGCAGCGCAACAGACCUCAUAUGGUAUCAUGUUAAAAUUCAUGAACUAAAGGAACAUUUUUUAAUAAAAAAAUUAUGUAACAUAGUUAUUCUUUGAGACAUUUAAAUUCACAGGACUUUAAAAUUUGUUUUAAUAAUAUUUGUAUCACAUUUUUUAUUCUGGAUACCAAUGUCAUAUAGCUAAAGACUGUGGGCCAUCAGAUGACAACAACCACUCUCCUAGUCUAAUCUCCUGGGUUUGACAACAUCUAUUUUUAUUGUUUCUACGUGAAUUUUGAUAACAAACUAGACCCUCUUUUCUUAAACCUUAAUACACACAGAAUAUUUCUGCUGUGUUCCUUUGAAAGUGGCUUCCUGCAGCGAUCUCACUGUGACUGUGAGGGAGGUCCAGGUUGCUCUAAGACUGAAGCAUUGCAAAAAUAAAGGUCCUCAGUCAACUUCAAGGCAUUAAUAAUUUGUGAGCUGCUCAGACUCUGCAGUCUUAUGUAAUGAAUGCGCUUACAUAAAAGCUGAACUUUGGUCCACUGGCCAGGACGGCUGGGUUCAGCUGUACGCCAUUGAUGAGGCCGGUGACUCCAUAUGAACAGAAAACAGCAUCACGCUUCAACCAGAAAACGCAUGUGCAUGUGAUUCUUUAAGAGUGCCUGGUCAGGCUUUGUGAAUAAUUAAAAUGUACCAGAUGGAGUCAUGUGUUUAUGAGUUACAUGCUUCUGGUAAUCAGUCCUCGGCGGAUGGUUGUUGUGUUACCUUUGAUGCAAGGUGUCUUUAAAAGAGACUAUUUAUACAUUUAUUUAGUAUUACACUCUUUAUAUUUGAAACUCUUAUCACUUCAUGAUAUGAGGGAUGCUAUCAAUCUUCAUACAGACAGAAAAAAGUGCUGACUCAAUUCACUCUUUCACACAUCUGCCGAUUAAUUAUUCAAGUUGUGCAUCAAGUCUUUAACCUCAACAGGGGUGCUUAAAUUUAUACACAUAACACUCAAUAGAUAAUCAUGCAUAUGAGUUCUUGACGUAACUCUGCAAUAUUAAGAUGAUAGUGUAUCUUAACUUUCCCCGACACUUUGUGCCGUUACUCUGAAGCUUGGCCCCAGUGAUCAGCACAGGCUAGCAGCGUGAGUGACGGUUUCUUUCAGCAGACACGUUUGUUCUGUCACAUUCUCCAUCACGUGCACCGUAAUGAGAGAGAAAGAGGGACAGAACGAGAGAGGGACAGGGUGCCAACUACACCACAAAGCCACCAUCCCAGUGUCCCGCUGUCCCUCUUUCCCCAUCCCAGCGGCUGUCAGAAAGGCCCAUUGACUCGGCUGAAGGAGGGUGGCUGUUAUCGUCCGGGUCAAACUCAGCAACCAGCUCUUGGAGCAAACUGGAGUCGCUAAGCAACAGCGAAUUGAGUAAAUUUGCUGGCGUGUUGACAAGAGGGGCUCCCGGUUUUGUUUGGGUUCAGUUCUAGAGUGGCUGAUACUCUGCUGAGGAGCACUGAGGCGGUAAUAGGUACAAGAGACAAGUAAGACAUGCCAAGUGGCAUGUCAGAGAAGCUGGGAAAACCAACACGCCUUUGAAGACCCUUUAAUCGAGUGACAAAAUGGUCCUCUUUGAAGCACAGGGGACGGUAUCUCCCCUCUACAUACACACACCCUUCCCUUUACUCAGCUAGUUAAAGCCCAGAAGCAUGCUCAUACACUUUUUCCACCUGUCCACUCGAAGACAGAGCACACAAUGUCUCUCAUGCACUUAGCCUAAGGUGCUACCUGGAGUGGCCAUAUUUAAACUGCAUUGUGCUGCAUUUGCACAAGAACAGCUGCAGGCCUGGACUAGCCUGCUGAGGCUAAAUCACACAAACAAACUCACAACUUGUCUGUGGGCAGGCAGGGGACACCCCAGGAUGCUGUCUUAGGUCGCAGGAGGAGAGCACACAAACUUUACACAGCUGCCUCGAUCAUCUCUGUAACCUUUGAGGAGAGGAAAGGAGAGGAGAUGCUGUUAUGUAAGGAGAGCAGAGGUGUUCCUUGCUCCCCUGUUCAUUCAUUUCAGCUCCAUUCAAAGCUUAAAGAGUAGAAAUGUAGCUGAUUUGAAUUUAUAAAAUCAACAAGUCAAUCUAUGUAGAUUUGAUCAGAGUAGAUGCGAAUAUGUAGACUUAACAUGCUGAUACAUUCUGUGUGCAAGCUCAUGCAUAUUUAUCAGAAUUUUGCUAUUUUGGGUUCACUCUGAGUGUCAGUGACUGCUCCCUGAGUGGUUGUGGUGCAGAGGCUGAGCAGAGGAUGGGUAACUCUGAUCUGCAUAGAACCAGUAUGGUUUCAUUGAUCAAUGGCUCAGCACCGCCUGCUUGUAGCUAUUCCUGCAACAGUCAAUACACCACUGCAGUUUCCGCACCGCCUAUCGCAUUCCAGUUGACCUCAGCAGUGAGCAGCGCAUAUCUGCCAAGUCAUCAUACCAGGCUGGAGAAAACAAUCAAUCAGAUAGGAUGGAGGGAAUAAUGAGUAGUUUGCCAGGGUGUUUCCAGUGUAAUACAGAUGUAAACAGAUAUAUGUGCUGCCACCCACUGAUUCUGGAAAACUCUCCUUUCAGAAAGCAACAGGGACUUGUCUAGACAUCACGUUAAUCCUAAUGUACCUCUGUGUAUUUUUGCUGCAGAGCAUCAUCCUUUCCUCACGUGCCUCUGUUUCUGCCCCACCCUCACUCAUACUCUCUGCCACAGACACAUGCUUUGUCUUUCUUAAGCACAAAAUAAGUGCAUUAUUGUGAGGGACAGGUUAUGGUCUGCACACGGGUCUCUGCGUGUUUCUUUGGUUAGGUGCCUGUAUAGAUCACAUCAUCUGCUCUUAAGCCACUCUUUUCAGCACUUUGGCUGACUUCAACAACAACUCUUUCUGUGUAACUAAGCAUCACUCCAGAGUGCAGAAAGGACUGACAGUCUGUGGUCUGCUGCUGCAGUGUUUGUACUGGAGUCCCACCUGGAUUAACUACACACAACAACUUGUGUUUUUACUUUUCUUUUUAGACCUAAACAGAUUUGGUUUGUAAAGAUAUCAGCAUGAAAUCAGAGGAAGGUGUGAUGGACAAUUAGAUGUACGUAAGGAAGAGGUUUAUUUGUCUUUACUAUCACAUUUUUACCUUUUUUGAUCGGGCAAUAAAGAUCCAUGUCACUGGGGAAGACAGACUUGGGAUGACACGCUUAGUUAAAUUAGUGCUCUUGGUUGAAAGUGAAUCUGCAACUUCAAAUUGCUUAAAAUAAAUCAAAUCCAGUAAGACUGUGAGAUUUUUGGUACAGCAAAAACAUUUUUGAUUCUUUUAAGACACUUUGAGUCACUCACAUUUACAUGCCAACAUGCAAAGACAGACUUGUCAUUUUCAGCAGGUGGCCCAAAUUUCGGAGGAUGUCUUUUUAGUGCUGAAUGGUGUGAGGUCAUAAAAGUUUUCCACUUCCCCUCGCAGUGAACGUUGAGUCUAUUCUGAAUCUUCUUUGUGCUCCACAUCUUGCCAUAGCAUUGGUAGUAAUCUCAGCUCCAGAAAGUUUCCCUUCUUGACACCAUUGUUGUUGAUAUCAGUACUCAUGAUUAUUGAUCAGUGAUGGUAAAGUGACACUGGCGAGUGUGGCAGUGUUCAACUAUUUACAACUGAGAGGGCUGUGUGGGUGCCGAGACAAAAAAAACAGCUGAUCUCAAUGGUGAUUUGGCAGCAAAAUUGCUGAGCAGUAACAACUCUGAGCUGGUUGGUUUUGCAUUGAAAAUGAGCACUGUUGGUGCAUGAAAGCAUACCGAUGAAUACUGGCUGUAGUGAUUUAAAAGCAGACCAUUCAAAAUAGCCAAAAAUGUGUUACGUUAUGUUCCAACUGUGGUUCAGUAAUUCAGAGUUUUGGUUAAAUUCAUUAGAGAUGAUCUUCUGCAACCCCCAAACAAUGACCUUAUGAAAUCCUUAAAAAAAUUGGCACAUACAGUGGGAGUUUCAUGAUCUAAACAUAUGCUGUGAAGUUUUGUCUGAGAUAUGCCCAAUGUUUUGUUUUAGACCAAAACAAACCUUGAAAACUACUGGAGGUCUGUUGUAAUUUAGUAUUUUAGUCAGCAUUUUUCCUCUGUUGGUUAUAGUUGGACAGACUUGGCUGGACUUGAUCUGCUUUCUAGAUGUAAAAUAUGAAACUUCUCAAUUAUUUAAACCAUUUUCAUCUAAAGGUGAAGAGAGAAAUAACUCUCCUGUUGUUUUCCACCAAAACACCAUCACCAAAGAUUAGCCUCUCAUCUCCAUCUAAAUAUUUUAUGGUGAGCAGUCCUCAGUCUGCCUUCGGUGCUCCUCAAAGAAACAGUUUGGAGGAUCUUCCUGAAAGGGAACUUCAACAGAAAAACCAGUGUGGUAUCAACUAUGGUUUCCUACGAGUACAAAUACAUUUACAAUAAAAGAUAAUAAAAGCAGAGUUAACCUAAUCCUUUUUUUCCUGAAUCAGGUAAUCUGACAAUUUCUUCUGUCUUCAUCUGUCACAGGAAUCACAGAGACCAUUGCCCAGCUGGCUUCAGGAUGGGUGACAGACAGGAACCUUUUCCAUAAAUACCACUACCACAAGGCCUACCUGAUCCUGUGUGGCCUGGUCAACCUGCUGUCCCCACUGGCUACCUCCUAUAUCCUGCUGAUGGUGUAUGCUGUUUUCUUUGCCAUCUUCUGUGGGGGAUACAUGGCUCUGCUGCUGCCUGUUCUAGUAAGACCAUAAACCACUCACAAGUUAACCUCUAUUACAAGCACAAGGGGCCUUUUUUUUUUCUUUGCAGGUCCCAAAGUUUGGGAGAAAGUGUUGAGAAACAGUGGCAGUUUUCAUUUGAUCAAUGGCAGCUAAUGAUUUUCUCAAACCAAAUUAGAAGAUCAUUAGCAGUGAAGUGGAAGGUAGAUAAUUGGAAAAAUGAAAACUAAAACUUCAAUUGUCACUGGCAGGUGGGUCAAGAACCACCAUCAUUUUCAAAGUUUUCCUAAUGGUGGCAAAAUUGUGUACUCAGUCACAACCCUUUAUUUUAUUUAUUUAUUCAUUUAUUGACCAGACAAACUGAAUUUCAUAUUGAUGCCUGUUUAUGAUGUGCCAAAGUAGAUAAAACUAUCUGCAACUUAAUUAUUCUUAUAAAGUCAUUUUUAUGCCUGAAAUCAGUGUGAGGGGGUGGGUGUGAGUCAAGUAGCUAAAGAAGCAGCCCUGUUUCACAAGUACCACAUAAAAUAUUCACAAUAAAUGAUACAUUUGACUGUCAAAGGUCACAGGGGUUAGCUUUUUUUGUCUGUAGACACUGUUUUAGGGUGUAGAGAUGUAGAAAACACAAGUCAAAAAUCCCUCACAGGAGCUUUAAGAUGGCACAGCUUCAGCAUUGUCACUAACAACUAAAAUUUUUGUUUCAACUGCUGGAAGGUCCAUUGAACCCACCAUAGCAGUCAUUUUAAACACACCCAAUGAUGUAUUUUCAUUAAAGUAAGAUUGAAAAACUGCACAUAGUGUUCAUUGGUGAGAAAUGUACAUUUCUUUCUUCUGCAUGCUGCUGCCUGCUCAUAUAAGUGAUCACGUACUGCAUUAACCUCAUCAGUUGUUUGUCUGUACAGUUACUCCCAGAGGCACUUUCAUUUGACACUGUUCCAAACACUCAUAGACAAAAAAUAAAACAAAUUAAACAGUAAAAAAUAAAACAAAAUGCUGCAAAAUCAAGGUACCCUGUUUAAUGACAGAUAGACUCUUUCUGUAUCACCUGGCUUUCACACUAACUCACCCUACACUAUUAGACUUUCAGGUCUGGUGAAUUCACUGCAUGGGCUUUCAUGUGGGGCUCCAUUACGUCAUGGUAUAUCAUCACACAGUGAAAAUAUCCCUGAACCAUGAGAUGUUUUUCCAACCACCUUAACAGGUGGAACAACAUGUUAAGUCAGGGAGUAUCCUUGACAGAUCAUGUCACACCUGAAAACAAAAAACCAAGGACAGAUAUGAGGAGAAUUCACUCAGCAGUGGUGUGGUCUAAAGGCCAAGACAUGCCUCUGGGCUGAAACACAGACAAGAAUGAUCACCCCCCCCCCCACACACACACACACACACACACAAUGAAAACGAAUAGUUGACUUUGACAACAUCCCUAUAGUUUAUAGCUUCUUAUAGCAAACAAUUAUCCAGACAUUUGUUCGGUGGUUUCUCUCGCAGACAUUCUCAUGACAUCAAAACGGACUAUUUAGAUCAGCGCUCCCGGAGUGCCUUUAUGGUUGAAACUUCUUUCUGCUGUUGUAAAUCACAGUUUUCCCAGACAUUUUUAUUUCCUCUGAGAAACAAGGUCUGGUUCUUGUUUUAAUCACCUCAAGUAUGCUGACAUUGACUUUGAAUAUUUGGAUGAAUGUAUGAACACGUUUGAGCUGUCUUCCUUAUACCAAUCACCAUGGCUCUGUGUUGUUACUAGAUUAACUUUCACAACUCCAUAUAGUCAGACUUUCAUUUGGGACCUGUUGUGGUUUUCUUUGUACACCAUUCUCAAAUGAUGGUGUACCAAUUGCUUAGUAUCUAUCUGUUCAAUAUCUGUUCAAACCACAGUUUUUUUCUUGUUGGCAUUUGAUACUGAGCACCAUUAAAAGUAAUACAACCAUUUCAUGUCAAAUUUUCUAUAUCAAAAAUACACAAAUGGGUAACAGGUUGCAGAGUUGGAUGUCGGAUGUCAUGUUGUACUUUUCUUCCCUGCAGGUGGAUCUGGUGGGCGCAGAGAAACUCAACAACUCCAUGGGCUUCUCCAUGUUUUUUGUGGGUCUUGGUUGCCUCACAGGGCCUCCUCUUGCAGGUGAGUGGAUGACCUCAUGAAAAGGAAAUAAAACAAUUUGGACAUGUGCUAACCUACUUUUCAUAUGCACACAAUGACAAACCUGCAUACAAACUGGCCCUGAAGCUGCGGUUGUUGGUGAAUCGUUACACAGGGCAAGUUUUGACAAGUGUUUUUAAUGUUUCUUUGCGUGUGUGUGUGUGUGUGUGUGUGUGUGUGUGUGUGUGUGUGUGUGUGUGUGUGUGUGUGUGUGUGUGUGUGUGUGUGUGUGUGUGUGAGCUCACCAAAUGGAGUGAGUUAGUGGGGGAUCAGUGGCUGUGGCCGGCUCGAAAAGCCUUUCUUAUGAAGAUGUAUUUUUUAGGGGGUGCAUUCACACAUGUUUUCAUGGGGCCCUGAAUUCCUUGCAGUAUGUGCAAAUGUGUAUCUGCCUUUAGUCACUGUGAAGGAUGAAAACACACAGGAGAAAAACAACCUUUGGUUAGUGAGCCCCCCCGGUGCAGACUGGGUUUUUGGGGCUGCCUUGAAGAAAAUGCAUAUGGGGGUUACUGGGUCAAAUUUCCGCCCCUGUCUAAAAGCAAGUGGAGCUAAAAUAACAUGGCUGGGUUUGGCUUACUUUGUUUGAGUGAUGGCAGACUGCCUUUGUUCGUCUUAUAGAGCUCUGCCUUAUUUGAAAUUGUUUUCUCUGUUACAGUUUUUUUUGUUGUUGUUGUUACCUUCAGUUGUCACAGAGCUAUUCAUAAAACUUUUUUCUGGGUCACCCUCACAAUAAAAAAAGAUGCCAAGACGUCUAUCAUCCGUUAAACAUGAGCUCAGGGAGGAACCAAAACAGUUUCCAGACCUAAGCAGCAUGGCGUAACAUGAUAAACAAAUACCAUGCACUUUAUUUUCUGCAUGUGUGUAAGGUUUUUCCAGGUAAUGCCCUGGAAGGUAACAUUUGGCCUCAGUUAAAGAGAAUGUGUAUGUGUGGUUGGUUGGAGGGAGGGGGUCCCUUGAACCCACAUGGCCCCUUCCCAGGAUAUUGAGCAAUCCCCUCGGUGGAGCUAAUGGAUUUGAGGGUUGAAAUGUGACUAAUGACUUUCUUUGGGGCAGUACCGAAAUAGCAUGUGGCUCUGUUUACCAUCCCUGCAGUUAAAGUGAAAAAACUGACGUCAGUCAAAGUUUGGUCCCGCCCUCAGGCCAAAGGGUGGACUCGUCUUACUUGUGUGUAUUAACUGUCUCACUUACAGCUUUAUUGUGGUCAAACUUGCCUUUUUGACUGGGGGGCAUUUGAUGUCACACUAGUUUACCUGUCUGAAUGGAAAUGUCAACGUGGCAAAAGAAAACAGACAACACAGGAAAUCAGGAUACGUGACGUCACCUACGGUAUAGCUUACAAUGAGAUCACACAUGAUCAAAAUCUGAUAUCUCAACAUGGGGGAGUAUCGUCUUUGAGACACCUUCAAGUGACAUUUUAUUGAAUUACUUUGAUUAUUAUUCACAAGCAAAAACUUCAUUGUGACAUGAGUAACAAAAUAUUUGACAAACACAAGCUUACCCUCUAGUUUGUCAGCCUUUUUGAUGUUGGGCUUUUUAUAAUUUAAUUACUUUAGUAAAGGGAUAGCCAGGUUUACAUCCACCUGGGCUGAAAUCCAACAUCGACGAUGAGCCACCAACCAGUGCAGACGGGGUCAAUGCUGACACAUCCCAAUUUUAACAACAUUUGGAACUAAAACUAAUAUCAGUUUUAAGUGUGUGCUCAAUUUACAAAAUAAUUUGCGCUUUACUUUGCUGUCAAAAGAGUUGUUUAUAUCGGCACUAUUUGCAGAUGCAACUUUAUCAUGUUCCUCUGCCUGCUGCAGGGCAGUACAGAAAUAGCGUGAGUCUGUUUACCAUGACUGCAGUUAGAGUGAAAAAUUUACAUCGGUCAAAGUUUGCUCCCUCCCUGAACUGAAGGUUUGGGAUUGCACCAACACUUUGUCACAGUCUCACCAACAGCUGAAUGUGGUCAUUUCUCCCUGUUUUGUACUGAUCAUCUGAUCAUUAUAGGCAGUGGAACACCUAUGUGCCACAUUUAUAAAUGGUGCAAAAACAAUGAAAAAGUAGAGCACUGAAUGAUUUCUAGAGAGAGCACACACCUACAAUCACCUUAGCUAAAUGACAUGACCAAACCUGCAGUCGUUGAUAGCACAGCAUCUGUUUAGGUCCUCCAGCUGGUUUCUCAACAAAGAGACUGAGCUGACCGUGAUCCCCUGUGGGUAAUAAAUUUGUUCUGACAAGUACCUCAUACAACCCCACUUAAUAAAAUAGGGGCCUGUUCCUUUAAUGUUGUAUGUCUUUAUAAGCGUCGAGGAAAACAUGGGUUAUCAAGUUCAGGUUGUAUUAAGUUUGUCAUACACAAACAUUCACUCACUGUUUCAAUUUUAGUAGUGAAUCAAAUCUAAACAAAAGAAAAGUGAUUUAACCAAAAUGACAACUAACACAAACCAAAGAGAUUUCACAGCCUGGAAACCCUGGAGAUGUUUAGAUUAAACUAUAUAAUCAUUAAUUUUUUUUGUUGUGUUUUUGGGGUUUGAUGCCUUUAAUCAGAGAGUUAAAGACAGCAGAUAGAGCAGGAAACUAGGGGAGAAAGAUACGGGGAAAGGGAUGCAGGUUGGAAUCCAGGCCACCAGUGCCCACCUGAGGACUAAAGCCUCUGAAAAUCUUGUGGAAAAACUCACCCUUAAGGACAACGUAGUGCCUUGAUAACUAUCAAUAUUUAACUAUUACAAGGAAGUUAACUGCAAACUCUUUAUACAGAGUGGUGACUAAUCAUUUGUAAGGUGUCUGGGACAUAAAGCUCGUAUGAUCAGUGUCUUAUGAACUGUGAUUAACUUUUUUAAAGAUUAUAACAGUUAAAAAUCCAGCAAUGGUCUGCUCAAUCAUAUUCAAAACAUGAUCCUAGGAUGUGGUUGAUAGAAUUUUUUUUACUAUUUUAUUUAUAUGUGUGAGAGGAAAAUGCACUAAAUUUUGUUUGCAUAAAUAUCUAUGGUAACAAAGUAUCCAUAAUGACAGUGAUGGUGUUUAACCAUCAGUUAAAUCCCAUGUGAAAGCUUCACAAAUGCACCACUGUUACCUCAGCUCAUCUCCACUGUAUAUCUAAAUAAAGUUAUAUUACAAUAGAGUAAACAUCUACAGUGUAGGUCCUGAUGGAAAGUCAGACACUGACAGGUUUUUGUGUUUACAGGCUUCUUGUAUGACUACACUCAGACCUAUGACUGUUCUUUCUACCUGGCGGGACUCUGCUAUCUGCUCUCCUCCCUCUCCCUGUUCUUGGAGCCGCUGGCUCAGCGCUGGAAGGCCCGGAACAAACUGACCCGGGACAAGAGAGCGGAAAGCAGCUGUAAGACCAACGGCUGCUUCACCCCAGACCACCUGCAGAACGGCGCUGUGUAGGAAUGAAUCCCAGGGAAGGCCUUUAGUCGUGAACCAGCAUGCUCAGAACUUGAUAGGCCUGCAUAACUUGGACCUUGGACUUCAGUUUAAAGUCCGGACCCAAGUGACCCUUAGUUUCAGCAGGGGUGCAACAGUGGCCAACGACAAAAAAGUGUUGGGAGCUCUACAUGAUGUCUGAGAACUCUCAGUAAAUGGGACAUGGGUGACAAGACGAAUCUGAUGAACUCUGAAAAAGCCAAAUUUGAGUUAUCUUGUCCUUAUCUGAGGAACAUGCAUCCAAACCUACUUGCAUAUAUCAUCCUACACAUUUUAAUACAGCUUUGCGACUGUAUAUUAUUCAGACAUGAUUUAAAUCUAUCCUCCAAUAUGCACUCAGUUUGCAGUCAUUUUUUCAGUUGCACAAGUUGCUACACUUUGCAGUUGAGCUGAAAAUCCUCCCUUUGAGUUUUUUUUAUUGUCAUCAUUUUAUUUUUAUCUCUGUCUACUUUAUUUCUGAAAAAAUUAUCUUCACCUCAUUUCAUUAUAAACUGCUCUGUAUCUGUAAACUUGUACUCACUGAUAUGUGCUCUUAAUCUGGUUGUAAUUAUGCUGCAUGACAUUUUCCCUGGCUUCAAACUGCCGGAAAGUUAAAAUACUGAACUUGUAAUCACUUAAUUGCAGCCUGCUCCUAUAGCACAAUAUCUAAUCCUGUUGCAAAGCCAAAUGCAGCAACUGCUUCAUAGUUUGAUAGAGGAAAUAUCUCUUUUGCCCUGACAUGAAUAAUGCAUAGGCACAAAGGUAGAUUGUAUGGCAUAUGCAAGCAUUUAGAGGUAUGGCUUGAGCAGCAUCUCUGCCGUGCACACAUACUCUCUAUUGACAGAAUAUCCUAAUACUCUGGACAUUUUCUAUUUCUUCAAUUCUAUUCGGUCAAAUUUAUUGAGGGCAUCUGUGCUCUGCUCAGCUUUUGGGUAUUAUUCUCAGAACUUUUUUACUUAAUCAAAUCAAUGGAUAGGACUUUACAAGUUUCAACCUUCUCUACUCUUUCUCUAAAACCCUCUAAACUAACUCACACUUUUAUCCAGAUCCUAUCCUUUCUACUCAAAACUCUUCUUUAGUUUUCCUCAUACUUAGCAGUUUUUCUGGCAGUUUAAGCUUUGAGCAAAUUUUGAAAUCAAGGAAAUUGGUGCUGCUGACAUUAAAUAUCUGGUUAGGCUAACAAAGUAGUUGACCCACAAAAACGUUCCCUUCAGUCCCUUAAUUUCAGGUGGCAUCGCUGUCAGCUGAUGAACCUUGUUUUGACAUUCCAGCUUUGUCCGUCUCUUUCAUUUUUUGCCAUAGUGAAACCGCAGUGAGUGAGUCAGAAGCAAAACAGGGUGACGAGCUUUUGUUUUGAGAAGUGUCAUCAAAAUUUGCAGGGUGAUUUGAGCAUUUACAGACUACUGAAGGCUGCUAUUUCAGGCCUUAACGUCAAAUCCAACCCAUUUUAGCACAAUAAGCUGCCAGCUGGUACUGGCAAAAUAAAUAAAGGGCCUGAGGGUGGAGCCCUGUUUGAUACAAAGUGGUUCAUAAACAAUGUUAGGUGUUCUGUCAUGACGCAUCAGCAUCUUUUUUUCAGCUUCUGUCACUGGUUAACAUUUAAACUGGGUCUUUUGAAUCUUUUGGAGUCUUUUGGACCAUCUCUUUAGCUUCAUCAUUGUUGACUAUCAAAAUGACAGUUACAUCUCUUUUACUGCCUUAACUUGGUGUUGUUCAGCUGUCACUUUACUACACUCAGUGCUUGCAUGCUGUUUCCUACAUAGAACCAAUUUAUAUUUCAAUUUCCCAUGUUAACCUCUGUUACACUGUUUUGAUCUGUUUUUAACACCUCCGCUAUUUUCAAUACGCACAAUGACAAUGAUCAUUCAAACUAUUUAAGUGCUUCAAAUGACUCUUGUUGACUAAAAUCUGCAUUUAAACUGUUUAUCGUGUUCGCAGUUGCAUUUCAGCAUGCACACUUCUUUUUUUUUUUAUCAAAAUCUCUAUCAUUAAGUUUUUGUUACUAGAAAAAAAGUUUAAUUUGUGUUUGUCAGUUAUGAUCAUUCAAGUUAAAUAACAUUCAUGUUUUUCUUAGCAGCACCCGCAGAUGACAUUGGUCAUGCAAUGCCCACAGCUUUUGAGCUGAUCUAUGCAACUCACCCAGAGAGUGAUUCCCCUGACAGAAAUGUGCAUCAUUUUCACUGAAUCAAAGUCAGCGGCUCCUCAAAGAGAGCUAGUUUGAAUGAAGUUUAAAAUGUUUUCAUCAAAACGGUUCUUAUGGUCACAGGAGCCACUGAGAGGUUUCUUGGCGAUUAUGUGCAGUUCUGUCAACUUUAUCAUCCCUGUGUAACUGCGAAUCCCUGACCAACUGUGUUACAAGUUAUUUUGUUUAAUUUGCCUGUACAAAUAUUUUGUGUCCAAACUGGGCCGGUAGAAAACAUUUGCCAAACCUUUACAGUGCCUGCAGGCAGCCAAUUAAUGGAAAUGCAAUUUAAAUAGUUGUGCUGUGUUUAAAUGUGAGAGUUUUUAUGGUUGUGGAAUCUCUUUUUGAGUAAAGAGAGUUUGGUUUUUUUUUUUGUUGUUUUUUUGAUGGGUUCCUUGUUUUUCACCACUUUGCCUUACUAGGUACAUCUUUGUAUCUUUACUAACUUUCCUGUGAUGUCAGCCAAAGACACGUUAGAAACCUUCCUGCAACUUGAAGCAACUUCUUAAAACAGUACAAAGUUUAAAAGGGUUUAACAAUUGAAACCACUAAGACUGCAUCAGUCAGUCAAUUCCAAGUUUUAGCUCUUGGGGGGGGUGAUGCAAGAAAAGAAAAAAAGGUAAGGAUAUGUUUGCUCGUGCUGCCCUCUUGUGGCAGAACAUCGCUACUACUCAAAGAAUGCUGUCUCAAUUAGUACUGAAUUAUUCCCCCUCAGCUCACUUUCACAAUACUGAGCAAGGCUCUUUGUGUUGUUUCAAUAACUACAGUCAUGCACAAAAGCUCUUUUGGCUCACGAGUUGCAUUCACCACCAGUUUGCUUUUGUGAUUGAGGACCACUGAAUAUUUUGUACCAUGAUAAAUCUUUUCUGGAGGGUAUAUGAUGCUUUAAAAAUAAAUGUUGGUUUAGGAUUAUUUUACUUCUUAGCUAACAGGAUUUUGGAAGGAACUGUAUGUUUGAGCAAUGAUUCUUUGGUAACAUCCCAAACACCACUGAUGAGGAACUGAGUUCUGUUUGAUGGUGUUGGAUUUGUUUUUGUGCUGCAUAUGCAAUCAUGGGUGAAGCACUGUUAUGUCUCAACUCCAGCUCCUAUUUUUAUGAACUGAUAGUUUAGAAAAUGCUUAAGAAAUCAUGGAUAUCAUGUUGCAAGUGCUUGAGGCUCAUUUUUAAGUCUUGUAAGAGUGCACAGUCAAAAGCAAUAAACUGACAUGUGACUUAA